UAUCCCAACAGUUAGCUAUGUGGGGUCUGGCGCACCUGGCAUAAAGUUCCCGUGCAGAGCUCCAAUUCAACCGCGAGCGCGAUGAAUAACAACAAGUCUGGCAGUGUCAGCGGUCCGUCCCGUGGCAACUCCGGCUCGGUGGACGAGCUUGUGAUAACAUCGACUUUCGGGACGCUGCUUUCAGUGGUUUACAUCGUUGGAGUUUCGGGAAACGUCUACACGCUGGUAGUCAUGUGUCAUUCCAUACGCUUCGCCACUUCCAUGUAUGUCUCCAUCAUCAACCUGGCGGUCGCGGAUCUCCUUUACCUCUCCACGAUUCCUUUUGUGGUGUGCACGUACUUUCUGAAGGACUGGUACUUCGGGGACGUGGGCUGCAGGAUACUGUUGAGUCUGGACCUGUUAACUAUGCACGCGAGUAUCUUUACUCUGACAGUGAUGUGCAUGGAGCGCUACCUGGCAGUGACUAAACCGCUGGAUACUGUAAAACGCUCCAAGAACUACCGAAAAGCCAUGGCGUGGGGAGUUUGGAUUUUGUCCCUCGUACUUACUGUCCCCAUGAUGGUCAUGGUUAACCAGACUACUAAAACAACAGCAGAUGGAGGGGUGAAAAGGAUGUGCGCGCCCACCUGGGCACCUCAGGCGUAUAAAAUGUACCUGACCGUCCUGUUCUGCACGAGUAUAAUGGCGCCAGGGCUUGUCAUUGGUUACUUAUACACCCGACUGGCCAGGACGUACCUAGAGUCUCAAAAGACAUCGGCUAUUAAUAAAAGCAGCAAGCGCUCGCCAAAACAGAAAGUUUUGAUAAUGAUUUUCACUAUCGUGCUCGUGUUUUGGGCAUGUUUUCUGCCCUUUUGGAUAUGGCAACUUGUGCCCCUGUACCACAAACCCUUCAGUCUCGCAUCACACACGCACACGAGCAUCAAUUACCUCGUGGCGAGCCUGACCUACAGCAACAGCUGCAUCAACCCGUUUCUGUACACGCUCCUGACCAAGAAUUAUCGGGAAUAUCUUAAAAACCGCCACAAGAGUUUUUACCGCUACACGUCAUCGUUCAGAAAGCGCCCACCGAGCUUGUACUCUUGGGGAAAGUCUGCGUCAUCCAGUAAUCAGUUUGAUUUCAACUCUGAGACGCUUGUCAUGGCGCAGCUUAAGGUGAUGCAGUGAAGAGAUUGGAAAGCUUAACCCGUUCAGGUAAAGGGUUCCUGUCAUUCAUCCGAGCUGGGUGGAUCCUACAGCAGGGAGGGGUUAUCAAUGGCAUAACCAGGGUCACACUAGAAAGACACCGCUAUGGCAUAUCGCGUACCCCAAGUGACCUUCUCUACAUGAUGGAGGUUCUCAGAACCGGAUGAGAAGAAUGACACCCGACCUGCAGGAGAUGAAAGAAGAUGGGUGUUGACAGAGAGAAACAGGAGAAAGGUUGAAGUGAUAUGCUGAAAUAAAGUAUUCAUAAAGUCAAUCAACAAUGUUCAGAUCGUAAGGAUUAUUAUUUUAUUUUAUUUUUUUGCUCCUCAUGAUUGGCAGUUUAAAAUGUAAUUUUAAGCUGUAUCUGAAGAUAAAUGUUUGUGUUUAAAGUUGUCGUAUUUAAUGGUAAACAGCGUGCAGUAAAUCUGAAUGUUGGUGAAAAGUGGUUCCAAAGCAUCUCUAAAAAUGCAAGUCAGUGGUGGGAUAAUUACUUUAAUGUCCUAAUUUUACUUGGUUGGACUGCUGAUUUCAUUUUAAGAAGCAAGACCUUUGCUAAAUUUUAAAUUUAUGUAAAUUACCACCAUUAUGUCGUCCUGGUACUGACCUUUGUAGACCAUUCUUGAUCAUGAAAGUUGUACUGAAUCUCAUUAAAUGUCCAUGUUUCUUUGAAAAGCUGACUUUCAGAAGUGGAAAUGUAAAAUUCUUUGAAUAA